UAAUAAAGCGUGGAAGAAGUUUCAUGCGUUAAGUCUAAAAAGAAGAGUAGGAAUUAACAGAUUUCGAUUUGCGUGUUCUGCUUUGUGGGUGAAAUGUGUAAUCUCCGCUAAUAAAGCAUAGCAAAUGGAAGAUUUUAAAGUGAAAGAUGAACCAAUGGAUGCGUUAAACAUAGACAGUCAGGUUAUGGACGAAAACAUUGUAAGCGUUGUACUUAAGGAAGAACCCGGCGAUAGAUUUGAUCCAGACUACAUGGAGGACAUCUGCUCUGGGACAUUCGAGAAGGUAUUUUUACCUAUCGAAAAUAAUGAAGUUGACUUCUCUAAUGAAAUGGUAAAACUCGAACUGGAUGGGGAAUCCAGUAGUCACCAAAAUUGGACGGCGCAAAUUGCAAGCACAAAUCUGUGCGACAAAGAAGAUGGUGCUAUGCAAAGGUGCUUAGCGAAUGCAAACUUUGCUCAAGCGCACGAUGCAGAAAAGCAUUCUGGGUUUUGUCCAAAUGGGCAGCAACCGAAAUUUUAUAAAAUACAAUGUUCCAUUUGCAAAAAAUGGUUCCUAAACAAUGAUUCCAUGGUUACCCAUCUGAGAAUGCACUGUAGCGGCAACCAAUGCGAGGUUUGUCAACAAAAUUUUCAGGAUAAUUCUAGCCUACAUGCUCAUAUGUUGACUCACGUUGGGAUGAGUCCACUGGAAUGUAAUGUCUGUCAAAAACGAUUUGCUUAUAAAUGGUGUUUGCGUAGUCAUAUGCAAAUGCACGUGUUGGAAAAACCGUACGAUAACGAUGCAUUACAACAAGCGUUCAUGAAGAGACCGGAUUCUGAACAUGACCAAUCAAUGAGUACGGACGAAAGAGUAUUCGAAUGCGACGUUUGCCACGCGACCUUUAAAGAGAAAUCUAGUCUAAAUCGGCACGUGCUUACCCAUACAGAGGAAAGACCGUAUAAAUGCGAUGUAUGUUUUGCAGCAUUUAGGGAAAAAGCAAAGUUGAAUAUGCAUAUGACGUUACACGGAGGAAAUAAACAGUUCAAAUGUACAAUGUGUCAUAGAUCAUUCACGCAGAAAACAGCACUGAACAACCAUAUGUUAGCUCAUAGCGGUGAAAAACCGCACGCAUGUAAUAUUUGUGAAAAAACGUACAAACGGAAAUCAGAAUUAAUAAGGCAUACCAUGGUUCACACCGGCGAAAGACCAUACGAAUGCAAAGAGUGCCUGAUGACUUUUCGGGAGAAGGCGAAAUUAAACUCUCAUAUGCUCGUGCAUACGGGUGAAAAACCACACGAGUGUCACAUAUGUCAUAAGGCGUGCGCCCGAAAAUCUGAUCUUAAUAGCCAUAUGUUAUUGCACACUGGCGGUCAAUAUGACUGCAAAGUUUGCGAUAAAAUAUUUACUCGUAAGUCGGAUUUAAAUCGGCAUACUUUAAUACAUACCGGCGAAAAGCCAUUUGCCUGUGAAUUAUGCGACAUGGCCUUUAGAGAAAAGACUAGAUUAAAUUCUCAUAUGCUUAUACAUACUGGCGAUAAACGACACGCAUGUCAUAUUUGUCAGAAGACGUUCAAGGAGAAGUCUUCGUUGCGGAAACACAUGUUGAGUCAUACUGGUGACAGGCCAUAUGAAUGCUAUGUAUGUCAUAAAGCAUUUACUCAAAAAACGACGUUAAAUAGUCACAUAUUGGUACACGCAGGAGAACGACCGUAUGAAUGUAGUGCGUGUCAGAAAAUAUUUAAGGACAAAGCAACAUUGAAGAAACAUUUGUCCGUGCACAUAAACGAAAAAACUCACGAAUGCCUGAUUUGUUUAAAAAAGUUUGCCCAUAAAGCUGCAUUGAAUAGUCAUUUAUCGUCAAAUCAUACGUCUUAAUCAGAGGGAUCUAGUCUAUUAUAUUUCGGCUUUUAGUUUCCUUUUUAUCAAGCACCGUUCGUCUAUAGCUGCGUAAAGAUGAUUAUGUCUAUGUACAUCUGUUUUAUAUGCUCACCACGAU